GCUUCCAUAAUCGUCAACAAUUUCUUUUAUUGGCAAUCCUAUGUCCUGAUAGCUCCUUUGCCUUGUGAUAGAGUUAAUUUAGCAAUGCAUCGAUUGCCACAUAUUUACUACCACCAGUCUCUGGUCAGUGUUAUGACCGAUUUUGAGAACGCUUGUGUAAACGAAAUCGGUUAUGAUUUUCCAAAUAUACAACACAAAGACAGUUUUUUCACUUUUAGGAGCAAAUCAUCCUUCAAUUUAGAAAUGUAUUUAAAGUCUGAAAAAGAGCCUAAAUGUGUGAAUAUAAAAUUAAUCAAUGUGUUGCUGGAUUAG